CUUACUCCGCAUCCCCCAACUCAGGUACCUCCCCUGCCACCGUGGCCCAUUCAAAUCAAGCUGAUGAGUGAGGAGGAAGGUGACACAGGAGUGAUCUACAUGUUGUUUCCAACUGAUCCUUUUAAUCUAGUUUACGGGGAGUAUGCAAGGCGAUUGGGUGCGAAUGCAAAUCAAAUUGCUGUUUUCCGCCUCAAUGGGUCGGUGGUUCCAUCGGGUCUGUUGACUUGCCAACUGAACCUCCAUGACGGACAGACCUUGGUGGUACGAGGCCUUGUUCAGGGCUUGAAUGUAAAUACCCACAUGUGUACCUUUUUCGUGAGGGCCAUGGUGGAUUGGUAUCCAGGUUGGUUUGUGAAAGCCGCGUUCAACGCACCUCUUUGGACUGUAUUUUACGAUUGGGCUAUCCUACUUGGUGUGCAGCCUGCCAUGGUUAAGAUGUUCCGGAACUUUGACCAGCUAGACAAGAACCUCACGAUACGUGGGGCAGGUAUUCAGAAUUGGUGUACGUUGUUUGCAUGUCUCGAACAAGAUUGAUAGGCUUGGUGAGGGUGGAUUGAAUGGGAUGCACCUCUUUUUCAAAACAUAUUUUGGUUUUUGGUUAAAGAUCUAAAAAGUCAACCUACUUCACCCCUAUUGGUGUUUUGUUGCACCAAUUAAAUAUUUUGGACUACAAUCGGAAGACGGGGUUCAGUUGAUGUUCUAUGGCGACGCAUACAACUUGAAAUUGAUAUGAUUUGCAACUUUACUUUGCAAUUGCCAUGGAUCCUUUUGUUUAGCAACACCUAUUGGUUAACAACACCUUUCAUUUGUAAAACUAGUGGUUUACAUGUAUUAAGUAUGAGUAAAACAUCAUACUUAAUAAAUGAAAAUUAUUUUGAUGGUUUUUAGUAAACUGAUUUAUAUGUAUUGAUUAUGAUUAAGCAACCAUGACGUAUGUUAAUGUGUUGUAAGA